AUGCCUCCAAGAGAAUCAACUAAGAAAUGGAAACCUCCAAAGGGUCCCAAGCCCAUUCAACGUAAAAACAAGAACACUAUUGGUCUUGGUAGGGCUAUACAAAGUGCUCGUGCAAAGGAAAACGAGGUCCAAGUGUUGCCAGAUGGUGAACUUCGUUUCACUACCGACAAGCAUGAAGCUAACUGGGUCAAACUGAGCUCCGUCACCCAGGAGUCUGCUUUGGACGAGUUCUUGAACACAGCAGAACUCGCUGAUAAAGAUUUCGCUGCAGACAGACACUCUAAUGUCAAAAUCAUAAGAAUGGACGCUGGAAGUGAUUCAAGAUCACAGGAAGUUUCUUUGACAAAUAGUCAAAAACAGAAAGUGAAUGAGCUACAAAGAAGCCAGGCAAAAAACCUCAUUGUUCCCAGAAGGCCGGCGUGGAAUGAGAGCAUGACUCGCUUGCAAUUAGAUAGACAGGAGAAAGAAGCGUUCUUGAACUGGAGACGAAAAUUAGCCACUCUCCAAGAAACCAACGAAGAUUUGCUGCUGACACCUUUUGAAAGAAAUAUUGAAGUCUGGAGACAACUAUGGAGAGUGACUGAAAGAUCAGACUUGGUGGUGCAGAUCGUAGAUGCUCGUGACCCACUGCUUUUCAGAUCAAGAGACUUGGAGCUCUCUGUCAAAGAGCUAGACGACAGGAAACAGAACUUGCUUCUUAUCAACAAGGCCGAUCUGCUCACCAGAAAACAGAGAAUAAUAUGGGCUAAGUAUCUCCUGUCGAGAGGCAUAUCGUUCACGUUUUUUUCUGCUGCUAGGGCAAACGAGAUCCUAGAGAAGCAAAACGAACUGGGCGAAGAGUACAUUCCCAAAGAUGAGGAAGAAGAGGAAAUUACAGAGGUCGAUGGCGAAGCGGUUGACGCUGAAGUCUUAGAAAAAAUCCAAAUUUUGAAAGUCGACCAGCUGGAACAGCUCUUUUUGGAAAAAGCGCCAAAGGAGCCCCUCGUCGCACCUCUUCCCGGAAAAGAAUCAAUAAUACAAAUUGGUCUGGUUGGGUACCCUAACGUGGGUAAAUCGUCUACAAUCAACGCACUGGUUGGUGCCAAGAAAGUUUCGGUGUCUGCUACACCUGGUAAAACCAAGCAUUUCCAGACCAUCAAAUUGUCGGACCGUGUUAUGCUGUGCGACUGUCCUGGUCUAGUAUUCCCCAACUUUGCAUACAAUAAAGGUGAGCUUGUCUGCAACGGUGUUUUGCCUAUUGACCAGCUUCGAGACUACAUUGGACCAUGUAGUCUUGUGGCGGAACGGAUUCCCAAAUACUUCAUCGAAGCCACUUAUGGUAUCCACAUCCAGACAAAGUCGGAAGAAGAAGGCGGAAAUGGAGUCCCUACAGCCCAAGAAAUUUUAGUUUCCUAUGCCAGAGCGCGUGGUUAUAUGACUCAGGGUUUCGGUGCUGCUGAUGAGUCCCGUGCCAGCAGAUACAUUUUGAAAGAUUACGUGAAUAGUAAGCUGCUUUACGUCAAUCCUCCACCUCACCUAGAGGAUGACACUCCUUACUCCAAGGAAGAGUGCGCUGAAUUUAACAAAGAGCUGUACACUUUCGAAAAGCUUCCUGAGUCCAGGCAAGAGCAGCUGGCGGAUGCUGCCAAACACAGAAAUAUCGAAGGUUUUGAUUUGGCCCGUGACUUAAGCAAACUAACUUUUUCUGCACACAUUGGACAGGGAGCAGACGGACAAGAAGCUAGAUCAGUCAACCAUGGUGGUAAGCAGGCCGCUCUUCACAAUGCUGCCCAGGACCUGGACGACGAAUUUUUCAAACUCAACAGUGUUCGCGGUCAUUUAACAUCGCCCUUUCACAAGUCGCUCAACAGCAACGACAAUGGGAAGAAACACAACAAGAAAAACAAGAAAAGCAAAAAGAAGUCAUCAGCAUUGGAUUGA